UCCAACUCCCGGGACCCGACCAAACAAGCCUAUUUUCCGGGAGUCAAGAAAAUCCCCAAAUCCAACAAGUAAUGGAGACCCGUUAAAACUUCUCUUCUUCUUCGCAAAAAUCCGCGACGAAGCAGUAAUGGCACGAUCAAUUUCAUAUAUCACUGGUUCUCAGCUUCUCUCAUUAAAACUUAAACCUAAUCUUGCUAUCGUCGACGUCAGGGAUGAUGAGAGAAAUUAUGAUGCUCAUAUAGCAGGUUCUUUGCAUUACCCAAGCAGUAAUUUCUCUGAGAAAAUCCCUAAUUUGAUUCAUGAAGCUAAUGGGAAAGAUACCCUUGUCUUUCAUUGUGCCCUAAGUCAGGUACGUGGCCCAUCUUGUGCACGGCGGUUAGUAGAUUACCUUGAAGGAAUGAAAGAAGAUGCUGGAAUAAAGAAUGUCAUGGUUUUGGAGCGUGGCUUCAAUGGCUGGGAAGCUUCUGGCAGACCUGUUUGUCGCUGCACUGACACCCCAUGCAAGGGCGACCAUGCAUAGAAGUUUGAGUGCCGCAAUCAAUGGAAGUAAUUCGAAAGGAAACAAACUAUGUUAUUGUUCUGUUUGGUAUUGAUAUAUGAUAUACACACACUGUACUAUGUUAAGAUGUUUACACUACAUUGUGUAAUUGCGUAAAGGUAUAUCCUCUUUACUGCAUUGUUACUUCUUUGUGUGGUACUAUUAGACAAAUUUGCAAUCUUUUGGUGCAGUUAUUCAGUGUUUUGCUGUAUGUAGAAAAAUUCUGUACUUU